AUGAGCCCAAGGGCUCCACAUAGCAACCCCGCAGGCGUUACUGAGUCACCACCGCCCUUGCAGACGGCUACCCUUGUGCAGGCAACACGGCUGGAGAUCCCGACGUCAACCCUUCAGCAGUUUGCACAGGCAGCUCCGCUGGAUGCUACUCUGCUUCACGACAUAAGAGCGGCCGUAGUCGAACUCAAUGAUCGUAUGCAGUACAGAUCCAACAUCUUGGGGGAUGCAUGUGUAACGCUCCAGUCUGGAUACAAUGCCAUGGUGGAUAAUUUGGACAGGCUUCAACAAGGGAUGGAGGCCCAUAGCCGUACCUUGGCCUGUCUUAUGAACGAAAACCAGUCACUGAAGCAGCAGAUCGACUCCACACGUGAACAACUCAGUGUGGACAUGAGGCAGCAGCUUGCAAUCACUCGCGAGCAGCUGAGCGUAGUCCAGGCGAAAGCCGAGGCUGCAGUGUUGGGCCCACAACAGUGGCAAGCCCAGGUUGAGGCUCACAUUGUGACUAUCCAAAAUAAUCUUGAUGCUGGGUUCCGGAAAGCCAGCUCGGAAAAGGAUGAUCUGCAGUCCCGUCUUACUUUGCUUGAGCAAGCGUGUAAGCGGAAUGAUGGCAGGUUAGAUGACUUGGUCCAAAAGGGCCUUGGGGAACAUGACGGGGCAGUCAUGCCUGAGGACGUUGCAGGUCUACACGCCUCAGUAGCUACCAUGUCGGACCGCCAGGCUGCGAUGGAGCAGAACCUGGAAGUCUUGCACCAGACAUGGGAAGCUUAUGCCUUGCACAGUGAUCUCCUUGAAGGGGAAAACAUUGUGGAUGAAGCAGGCAUAAAUGAGUAUGAAGCCGAGUGGUGGGCCGCAGAUCCCUGUAUGCCACCCGGUCAUCAAACCGAGAAUCUUGACACAGCCGCAGGACCACAGCCUGCAGAGCACCCGCCCGGCUUGGAGGUGCAACAGGAUGGAUCUCGGGAAUUGCCUUCGGCCGCAGAGCCGAAACCGGAGCACGGAUCCGUGGCGAGUGUCACGGCAGGUGCAAUACCGCUCGGGCGUUGGAAGUUACUUCAGGAUGUUCCAUUGCUCAAUCUAGGUUCUGGGGAGCCCUGGGAACUGGGCAUGCGACUCAGGACGUGGAUCAAACAAGUAGAAACUAUUUCCAGUACGAUUGCGGGCAGUUUCGGUGAUUACGUAAAGAACCAGUUUCAGAUUGCCGAUCAGUGUAUCCCUUCAGAGCUAAAGCAAGGGGUUCUUGAAAAGAACGAUGAAAGCGAGCCGAUUCGGGCAGUCGACUUGCUGGAAGGUGUAUUGGAGACGUUGCAGCCCGGAGGGGCAGCCGAAGUGCAAAGUCUUCAUGCGUUUGUCCGUAGUUUGCAGCCUGCUUCCACGGCGAAGGAAGCACUUAGCACAUUGCGUCGCUGGCGCCUCGCGCGUACUCGCGCGACAUCGCUAUCACUGCCCCAGGUUGCGCCGUAUGAGGAGCUGAAGGCACUUGAGACCCUAGUUCGGAAUCUUGAAAGGCGGCAUGAUCGCUUUAGGACAAUGCUGGGUCUGUUGCGCACGCAGCCUGAUAUCAUUCGGCCUACGGUUAGGGGUGUCGAAUCCAUGGUAGCGCUAAUCGAUCAACAGCUGCAGCUGCUGAGUGCAGACGAACAUGUGAAAAACAAUCGCCAAAACGAGCCGGAUUCACAGGCGGCUAAGGGAAAAGGGGGAGGAAAGGGCAAGGGGGAUGGAAAGGGCAAUGGUGGCAGCCCCAUCGACUUCAACCCCGACUACCACAGUUGGAGCGCAGGCCGUGUGCCAGAUGUGGUCGAAAACCGGUAA